AUGGCUGAACUUUGCACACUCAUCGUUGGCGGAAGACAUUUCAUGUCUUUGACAGCUGGAUUCCCAAUCCCCAAGCAUAAAUCAGGCGCUCUUCAACAGAUUCUCGGAAUGAACUUUUACUAUCCAGAUUCAAUUACUCGCGAUGACUUCGAAUUUUCAAAUACAGAAAGCAAUGAAGAGUUAAACCUUGUCAGCAGAUCUUUCAACGCAAAGAUUACACCACCACAUAAGGACUCUCAUCCUGAAAAAGCCUCUGAUAUUAUCAUUGAACCACAUAACAUCGGACUUCUUCCAGCAUCUGAGUGGUCCCCAAGACAAACUAACCUCGAAGAGAUCAAAGCUUCAUAUUUCACCAGAAGAAACGGCACAGCUCGUUCUUUUGACCUCAAAUUGUACAACGCCCUCUGCAUCACCAAGAAUUACGAAUCAGCUUACAAAUUCGUUGGAGUCAUGUGGAUUGAUUCCAAGCAUUUCAAGAUCAACGAAAAGAUCUUCUCACAGUUCCUCGGCAACAAAUCAGAGUUCUUAACCUUGUUCGACAAGCAGGGCUUAAUUAACAAGUACGGUUUCGAGCAAGUUUUCAAAGGCGCAAACCCUGUAUUUUCAAGAGAUGUUUCCUGUGAUGAUGUUGAUGAUUGCACUGUCUGCAGCUUCAAGGAUCCACUUAAUAGAUUUUCUAGAGAUAAACCAUUUGAAAGGGUUGAUCUCUAA